CGCAGUGCCGUCCCCGCCCGCCCGCGCCCAGACCAGCCCAGCUCCGGGCAGCCGCUCACCGGUGUCCCGAAUCCGCGUCGGUCCCGGGUCCCGGACAUGGCGCUGAGCGAGCCCAUCCUGCCGUCCUUCUCCACUUUCGCCAGCCCGUGCCGUGAGCGCGGCCUGCAGGAGCGCUGGCCGCGCGCAGAGCCCGAGGCAGGCGGCACCGACGACGACCUCAACAGCGUGCUGGACUUCAUCCUGUCCAUGGGGCUGGACGGCCUGGGCGCUGAGACCGCCCCGGAGCCGCCGCCGCCGCCGCCGCCGCCCCCGCCGCCUGCGUUCUACUACCCCGACGCGCCCGCCGCCUUCGGUCUCUUCGACGACGCGGCGGCCGCCGCAGCAGCAGCAGCGCUGGGCUUGGCGCCGCCCGCCGCCCGAGGUCUCCUCACACCGCCCGCGUCCCCGCUGGAGCUGCUGGACACCAAGCCCAAGCGGGGCCGCCGCUCCUGGCCGCGCAAGCGCACCGCCACGCACACCUGCAGCUACGCCGGCUGCGGCAAGACCUACACCAAGAGCUCGCACCUCAAGGCGCACCUGCGCACGCACACAGGCGAGAAGCCCUACCACUGCAACUGGGACGGCUGCGGCUGGAAGUUCGCGCGCUCCGACGAACUCACGCGCCACUACCGCAAGCACACGGGCCACCGGCCGUUCCAGUGCCACCUGUGCGACCGUGCCUUCUCGCGCUCCGACCACCUGGCGCUGCACAUGAAGCGGCACAUGUAGCCUGGACGCCCCCCGCCCACCCGCGCGCGGCCGUGGCGGGUCCCACGCGCCGGGCGCGGCCCCUCCCAAACUGUGACUGGUAUUUAUUGGGCCCAGAGGACCGGGCCGGGCACAGCGUGGCCACUGAGGGGGCUCCCCGAUGACGCCACCACCCCGGCCCCCAUUAGAGACUGAAGGCCCGGCGGGAGAAGACCACGAUCCUCCUUGACAAGUUUUGUUUUCAAAAUGGUGCAAUAAUUAAGCGUCGUCUUCCCCCCCACCGGGUCUACACUAGAGGAUCGAGGCUUGAUGCCUUGUGAGAAAUACAGCCUUAAUUUGUACUGUCUGCGACAUUUUUUAUAAUAUUGUACAUAGUGACUGUGACAGAUAUUGUAUUACUGUAAAUAGGGAGACAGGUGGGCGUUUUUGCUGCCUGGUUCAUUUUUAUAAGACUUUUGCUGUUUUUUAAUUAAAAAAAAAAGGUUUGCAUCUUUUGAAAAAUCA